AUGAAUAAGUUGAGGGAACAUCUUUACUUAUGUCCUGCAAAUAAUACGGCAACAACGGCAACUACCUCGAGAAAUACCAGGUAAGCUUACACUACAGAUUAAAGGAUAAACAGCUCUUAUCCAUAGUCAAUUCCAUGAGUAACCAUGCCCCCCCCUGUAAUAUACUGUACCUGGACGUUAGCAAUUUUUUGGGAGGAAAAAGGCAAAUCCCUGGCCGCUGGGAGACACCAGGAGGGAAAUGUACAGUAUGCCCCCCCCCCCCGGACAAUCAUUAGAUGGCAAAAAGUAACAAUACACUGUUACUGAACUAAAGUUUAAUACCAGAAGAUUUUUGAUAAUUGAGUUUUUUCGCUAGUGUCAAAUGUUUGGGGUCUUUUAGCCGCCAAACAAUGGGCCCGGUCCCUAACCUGUGUGCAAAUUCACAGCCCCAGGAAUGGUGUGCCUAGCAAAUGCCUGGCAAUGUCCCAGGGAGGAGGAUGCUUACUCAUGGAAUUGACUCAUGCAUUAUUUAGAAAUAUGUCUCCUCCUCCAACCUCCCCACCAAUAUCAAAUUGCUUCUUAUGCCACUCAUCAAAAUGGGAGUUUACCUAAAUUUACUAUUACAGUUGAUUUCAUAUAACCAUUCCCUGAAUGUUGCGAACUUCAUUUGGAACUUUGUUGUGAAGUUCAAAAGUUCACACUAAAAUUCACAAGCCGGUUUGUAAACAAAACCUCUGAUUGAUCCCUGUACAAAAAUAAGCCAAUCAGAGGCUUUGUUUACAAGCCGGCUUGUGGAUUUCUGUAUGAACUUUUGAACUUCAUAACGGAGUUCAGAACAAAGUUCGCAACAUUCAGAGAAAAGUUAUGUGAAAUCAACUGUAAAAAGUAAAAUUAAUAGGAUUUGAGGGCACUCAAAUUUUCAGAUUUUCCAUUCCUGCAGGACAGUAUUUUUUGCAAUUUCUGAUGUGGAUUUUCUUGGAAAUUGCUGUAUUCUUAGGAUUUAUUAGAAAUAAGACAACUUCCUUCUUAUUUCCUUCUUGACAACAAAAUGUCCUUGCUAUUCCGUUGUAAUGUUUAUUUCCAAGGCAACAAUCACAUUUCCUUGAAAAGGCCAAAAUUUCUUUUUGCAACAAAAUUACAGUCAGUUUAAUUCAUUCUGACAUUUGCGAACUCUUUUUAUUCUGACAUUUGCGAACUCUCUACUUGAUGAUUUGAAGUGUCUGCUUGUCUGGCAGCGGACAAAGUAACAUAUGACUAUAUAUGGCUUAAUAAAUUAGUUCCGGUUCCGGCCGGAACUUAAAAAACCGGUUCCGGUGCAUCCCUAGGUACACCAUCAAAUUGAUCAAAAUGUCAAAUGUAUAAUAAUAAUGAGAAUUGGAACUGUUUCAUUUCAGAUAUAUUAAUAUACUUAGGAAAACAAUUGAAAAUUAUUUCCCUUUCCCCCCAGAAUUUGGGCAUCCAAAGGUGCCAUUUUUCAUUCAAGGGCGUCCCAGCCUUUCUGGCUAAAAGCCUGGCCUCCUGUCUCUACAGUAUCUGCAACACCAUAAAUUAAAUGAGUUUUUAUUAACCAGUUAUUUCCUCAUUUGAGUUUCAAUGUUUAAUCAUGUAAUAAAUUAAUAUGAAAUAAUAGGGAUCAGAAUGUAAGUGUUAUUGAAGUUGAUGAUGCUCGUGAUGCUGAUGAAGAGGAAAUACUACCUGAGGCUACCUUCCUGAAUAAUCCGAGUGAAACAGACAAUCCAGUGACAAGGGUAAAUACCAAACUAAAACUAGAAAUACAUACUGUACAUGCAUGCAGCAAUAGUCUGUGUGUUGUGACCUCAAAAAAAGAUCUGAAAUAUUUUUACGGAACUAACACUUUCGAACACGCUGAGUUCAAAUCCGAAAAGUUCCCACAUGAAGUAUUUGAUGAUUAAAAACAAUAGUAGUUGCAAUGCUAACAUGAAAAUAAUAUGGGAAAAUAUUAAACAAUAAGUAUAGGAAAUUACACAGUUCCAGUAUAGCUGCAGGGGAAACUUAAAAAACUCGUUUUGCUGACAAUAGUUUGCACGGAAAUAGGGUAAAAUAUAUUUGCUUUUGAAAUACGCACAAGCUUUUUGUUAGUUAUAUUUUGGUCAAGCCACAUUUGUUGCAGGAAAAAGACCAUUGUAAGGGGAUAGUCAUUAAAUACAGUGGGGGGAGGGGGGGCGGGGGGGUUGGAGGAGAAACUGAAAUUUUUAACAAAAUUUUUCAGACCAUCUAUUACAUAAUGGACGACAACUUUGCACCACUUAGCACUUCGCUAUAUUCUCAAAUAUGCGAGUGUAAAUAGCCGAACGGAAUUAGUAACUUUGCCCGGGCCCAACAACGCCCGAACGGCGCUGUUGGCUCGGGGAUGAUAAAUUCGUGCGAAUGGCUUCACAAAACAAUAGUUACAGUGCUUCCUUAGAAGGAUAAUUUCCAUACUUCAUUGUCUUCAUGAACAACCAAUUACUAAGUUUGUUCAUAUAGGUUGGUGGCGAGACUGGCGACCCAGAGUCUACCAAGAUGCAGGACACAGAAGAAAGUGAUGAUUUACUGUAUGCCUCUCUUCUGUUCCAUGAGAUUAAUGCUGAAUAUCUAUCAGACGAAGAUACUGAACUAAUUGAAGAAAAAGUUGAUGAAAAUUCUCCAAACGAUGAUGAAGUUGUUAUGGAUAUUAGUGAUAUUUUACAACAGCUUGCAUCUGCCAACAUCGAUAAUGAAAAAAUUUCCAAAUUCAACAUAUGCCGCAGUAAUAUUUGCGAUGGUAUUUUUAGAGGAAUGACUAGGAAGUCAUUUUCUCCAAACAAAAAGUUAUCAGUCAAAUUUACUGAUGAUGUCGGUCUCUCUGAAGGUGCAGUGGAUAUGGGUGGGCCAAUGAGGGAAUUUUUUACUUUAUCCCUUGAAGCAAUAUUAUCAAGCAAACUUUUUUGUGGGCAAGAGCAUUCAAGGUUGUUGUCUUAUGAUGCUAAGGCUCUGAAACAUGACGAGUGCGUCAUGGCUGGUCAGUUGAUUUCAAUGGCUCUAGUUCACGCUGGAGUAGCUCCUAGUUGUUUUAGCCCUGUGUUAAAUAUUUGAUUCUCUUAUUAAAGGCCAUGCGAAAGUUCAUGUUCCUAUUGAUGCUGUGUAUGAUCUGGAGCUGCAGUCGUCUCUUAAAAAUUUAAUGUCUGUUGAAUCGGUCAAUGAAGCCAAUAGGUUGAUAGCAGAUAAGAAAUUAGAGGAAAUUCAAGAGCGUUCUGGCACCCUCUGCGAAGCAUAAGCGAUGUUAAAGAUGUGGUUUGUGAGAUUGCUCACUGGUAUGUCCUUGAUAGGACUAGGGCAGCCUAUGAGAGCUUUAAAAGUGGAAUAACAUGCUUAGGUUUGCUUGAUGCUGUUAUUAAGAAUUCCGAUUUGGUCCAAAGAGUGUUUUGUUUCUACCCACAAGUGUUAAGUUCUGAUUCAUUUGAGCAACUUUUUGUUGUGAAUAGAAGUGAACAACUCUCCAACAGAUGGGAGGUAGAGAACAGACUUCUCGCGUUUUGGAGAGAUUUCCUGUUGGAUGUUGAGGAAAAGGAAUGUGAACUCAGUUUUUCUGACAUUCUAUUUUUUGCAUCAGGGUUGAGGGUUGUUCCUUGUCGAAGCAUUUUGCUGCAGUUAGAAUUCUUGCAUGAACCAGAACAAAAUGGUCUUCUCUCAAAGUUUCCUAAAGCAAACACUUGCUCCUGCAUUCUCCGUCUUCCUGUUGUUCACACUCAGUAUGUUGACUUCAAAUCUGAUUUUCAGUUUGCUGUUAGAAAUGCUAAGGGUUUUGGUAUACCUUAG